CGAGUCCUCCUUUCGGUCUCCAGUAACCCAGUCCGUUUAGCUCCAAGCUUCCUCCUCUGAGUAAAAUGUGCUGCGAGAAGUGGAGCCGCGUGGCCGAAAUGUUUCUCUUCAUUGAAGACCUACAGGAGGAUAAUAAGAUCCUUUGCCUUUGCUCUAGGGCAUUUGUGGAGGAUCGAAAAUUAUGCAGUUUGGGAUUAAAAGGCUACUAUGUUAAAGCAAAUGGCAACAAUGCAGGAGACCAAACUACAGAAGAGGAAGAAGGUGGUAAUUCCCACAGUACUAAAGAAUCAUGUGAUAGCAAAAGCAUAGACCUAGAUGAAAGUGAACUUGAUUCUGAAGCUGAGCUCAUGAGAAGUAUGGGACUGCCACUUCAGUUUGGUGGAAUGUCAGCACAUAAGAAUUUUGAAGUGUCUAUGAAUACUAGAAAUAAAGUUAAAAUAAAAAAGAAAAAGAAAAAACAUCAGAAGAAAUACUUAGAUGAGAUUAUGAAAGAAUCUUGGAGACAAGACUAUGAAGAAGAUGACAUUUUGGCUUCAGAUGAUCCAUCUUCAGUUGAACAGUAUGAGAAUACCAGAACAUGUAAACUUGAAUCCAAAAAAGACGUUGAAACAGAAAACCUUUCUGUUGAAAAUACAUUAUCUCCAAAGCUAGAAGUUACAGAGACAUGGGAAAAGUACUGGAAUGAAUAUGGUGGAGGACUAUUAUGGCAAAGCUGGCAAGAAAAACAUUCAGAUCAAGCACUAUGUUCUGAACCUUGGAACAUUACUGAUACCAAGGCAGAAUGGGAACAACAUUAUAAUCAACUUUAUUGGUAUUAUUUGGAACAAUUUCAGUAUUGGGAAGCUCAGGGUUGGACUUUUGAUGCCUCACAAAGCUGUGAUACAAAUACGUGUGGGUCUAAAACAGAACUUGACAAUGAGAAAGAUGAAAAUUGCAUGAAAGCCGACUUACUUUCAUUUCCAUCUUUAUCAAUUAAUAGCAAAAGCUCUAGAUCAAGUGAUAAAGAUCAUAAUGAAAUACUUGAUGGAAUUAGUAAUAUAAGUCUGAAUUCAGGGGAAGUAGAAGAGAGCCAAUUAGAUUUGACCAUAAGAUCUGAUAGACAUCAGUGGCUAAGUCAAGUUAACAGCAGAAGAGAAUGCCCUGCUUCUGGCCAAAGUGAACCACAUGGGAAAGGAACCAAGGAAAGCAACUUGUCUGGGAAUAGAAGCACAAACCAACCAGCUCAGGAUUCACAGGAGUCUUCACAAGCGAACAUAAUCAAAGAAAGACUACAUCCCAACAGUACGGACGGAGAUGAGAGUGAAGAAGAUCCACCGGAACAAAAGCCAAGCAAACUCAAGAGGAGCCAUGAACUGGACAUCGAUGAAAACCCAGAUUCAGACUUCGAUGACAAUGGUUCCCUUCUAGGAUUCAAGCAUGGCUCAGGACAAAAAUACGGUGGAAUUUCAAAUUUCAGUCAUAGGCGGGUCAGAUAUCUACAGAAGAAUGUGAAGUAUAAGUCAAAGUUCUUGGACAUGAGAAGACAAAUAAAUGUGAAAAACAAACACAUUUUCUUUACUGAAGACACAGAGAAAACAUGUUUCAAGAAAAGUAAAGCUUUGAGUAAGGUAGAAAAAUUUCUAAAAUGGGUUAAUGAACCAAUGGAUGAGGAGGCAUCACAGGAGACAAUUUCUCAGGACAAUGUGCAAGACACUGGCACAAGCAGUGAUUCAGAAGAACAAGAAAUGUCUGUUACCAAAGGGGAUAAGCCACUGGAGUUGAGCAAUCCAGAACUCAAGGGGUGCCAUGCCAUAUCUUCAGCUGGUAAACUUGAAACAGAAAAAAAUGAAGGGGACAGCACAGUAGUAGCUAUUACAGAUAAAGAGGAUUGUGUUGCUCAGGAUAUACCAGACUCUCUUCAGGUAGAAACUGAAGCUGAAAUUAAAAAGAAGAAGAAGAAAAAACAGAACAAAAAGGUAACUGGUCUGCCUCCUGAGAUAGCUGCUGUUCCUAAGCUGGCAAAAUAUUGGGCCCAGAGGUACAGACUCUUCUCACGUUUUGAUGAUGGGAUUAAAUUGGACACAGAGGGCUGGUUUUCAGUUACUCCUGAAAAGAUUGCUGAACACAUUGCUGGCCGGGUCAGUCAGUCCUUCAAGUGUGACAUUGUAGUGGAUGCGUUUUGUGGAGUUGGAGGAAAUACCAUUCAGUUUGCCUUAACUGGAAAGAGAGUGAUUGCCAUCGAUAUUGAUCCUGUUAAGAUUGAUCUUGCUCGCAAUAACGCAGAAGUUUAUGGGAUAGCAGACAAGAUAGAGUUCAUCUGUGGAGAUUUCAUGCUGCUGGCUUCUCAUUUAAAGGCCGAUGUUGUAUUCCUCAGCCCCCCUUGGGGAGGGCCAGACUACGCCACUGCAGAGAUCUUUGACAUUAGGACAAUGAUGUCUCCUGAUGGCUUUGAAAUUUUCAGACUUUCCCAGAAGAUUACUAAUAAUAUUGUUUAUUUUCUUCCAAGAAAUGCUGAUACUGACCAGGUGGCAUCCUUAGCUGGGCCUGGAGGGCAAGUGGAAAUAGAACAAAACUUUCUUAAUAAUAAAUUGAAGACAAUCACUGCUUAUUUUGGGAACCUGAUCCGAAAACCAGGCUCUGAAUCGUAACUGUGAGGUCCUACAUAGACGAAAAGAUCAUGGGUGGUCAGAACAUUAUUCAGAUGAGACACUUGAAAUUUCUUUCUGAAUGCACUGAUA